AGCAGAGGGAGUAGACAAAGAAGCUUUUGGACUGGACUAAUUUUCUGCUGCUGGAUUUGAUCUUUUUUUCAUACAACCUUUGGGUCCUUAUGAGUUUGCAUCUUCAAGCUUCAUUGAAUGAAGGUGAAAGUUUGAGCGUGAAGAGUAAAUGGUAUUAUAACGAUGGAUACAUCAUUUAGUGUGAACUUUGCAGUGGCCCUUGUACUUUUUCAUCAUCUGCACUUCCACCUUCCUGUGUGGGCUGCAAUGGACUCCUGCUACAAUGAGGAGGGAGAUCCCAGUCGUUGCAUGCCCAAGUUUGAGAAUGUUGCCUUCAAUCGAACUGUGGUGGCAUCAAAUGUGUGUGGUUCCCCACCUGAGGACUACUGCAUGCAGACUGGGUCAACUCGCUCAUGCCACUACUGUGACGCCUUGAAUUCAGACCUGAGCCACAAUCCCAGCCUUCUCACAGACUUCCACAGGAACGAGGAACCCACGUGGUGGCAGAGUCAGUCCAUGUACUUUGGCAUCCAGUACCCCAGUUCUGUCAACCUCACCCUUCACCUUGGAAAAGCCUUCGAGAUAACCUAUGUUCGACUGAAGUUCUACACCAGUCGGCCGGAGAGUUUUGCCAUUUACAAGAGGACAAAAGAGGAUGGGCCUUGGUUACCUUACCAAUAUUACAGCGCUUCUUGCAAAAAGACCUAUGGGAAGGAUGCUAAAGGUUAUAUCCGCCCUGGGGAUGAUGAAAGGACUGCCUUAUGUACAGACGAGUUCAGCGAUAUCUCUCCACUCACUGGAGGAAAUGUGGCUUUCUCCACCCUGGAAGGCCGGCCCAGUGCUUACAACUUUGACCAAAGCCUGGUGUUGCAGGAAUGGGUGACAGCCACCGACCUGCUCAUCUCUUUGAAUAGGCUCAAUACCUUUGGGGACGAGUUUUUCAAAGAUGCCAAAGUGUUGCGCUCAUAUUUUUAUGCCAUCUCUGAUUUCUCCGUGGGUGGCAGAUGUAAGUGUAAUGGUCAUGCCAGCAAGUGCGUUGAAGGGGAACAGGGUGGCCUGGUUUGCUCCUGCCAACAUCACACAGUUGGAGCCGACUGCAAGAGAUGUCACCCCUUUUACCAGGACAGACCCUGGGCCAGGGCCACUGGGGACGCCGCCAACGAGUGUUUGAAGUGUAACUGCAGCGGGAGAUCAGAGGAGUGUGCGUUUGACAUGGAGCAGUACAGGAGCACUGGCAGUGGGGGGCGUUGUAUGAGCUGCAGAGACAACACUGAUGGGCCCCACUGUGAGCGCUGCAGAGAUAACCACUACAGGAGAGCUCCAGAAGAGCCUUGCCUGCCCUGCAACUGCAAUAUCAACGGCUCACUGAGUCUACAAUGUGAUGUGGAAGGAAGGUGUGUGUGUCGACCUGGCGUACAGGGGGAGAAAUGUGACACGUGUAAGGCUGGCUUCCAUUCGCUUGGUCCUGAUGGCUGCAGACUAUGUGACUGUAACCACAGUGGAAGUGUGGACAAUUGCUCUCCUCUGGAUGGACAUUGUUACUGUAAGCCCAAUGUGGAAGGACAGCGCUGUGACAGAUGCAAGCCAGGAUCUUUCAAUUUGCAACAAGUAAAUCCAGCAGGAUGCCAGCUGUGUUUCUGCUUUGGUCAUUCAUUGGCCUGCUCAUCAUCCAGUCACUACAUUCCUGUCAACAUAACGUCUGACUUCAUUGAAGAUCAGGAUGGUUGGUUGGGAGAGUUUUCUGGAGCCGAGGGGUACCCCCUGCUGUGGAAGGAAGGUGAAGUCUACCUGCUGCCUCUUACUGAGGAAGAUAUUGGCUUCUACACAGCCCCUGGUAAAUUCCUGGGUCACCAAAUCUACAGCUACGGCCAGCCUCUCUCCAUCAUCUUCACCUCAGAGACCCCCGAGCUCCUCCCCGACCACGUCACCCUACUCCUCCAAGGCUCUGGAUUCAACCUGUCAGCCGACCUGUCACCCCAACCAGCACCCCGACACGAUCCCAACCUCACCCCGCAGCACACUUUCAUUGCCAGACUCCAUGAACACGAGAGGAGAUUCACACCUUUUCUGUCCGCCUUUGAGUUCCAGCAUCUCCUUUACAACCUGACAGCUCUAAAAAUCAGCAAUGCGGGGGGACACAACUACACAUCACAGCUUGCGGGGGUAACUCUAACCUCAGCUACCAUCUCCUCCACCCCAGCUAAUCCUCCUGCUCCGUGGGUGGAAUUUUGUGCCUGUCCCCAAGGCUUUGCAGGUCAGUUUUGUGAGCAGUGUGCUCCAGGAUACACCCGGGAGCAGCUUGGCGGAGGGCCUCUCUCAGCAUGUGUGCCAUGCAACUGCCACCAGCAUGGAACAUGUCAUCCAGAGACAGGUGUGUGUGAGUGCUCCGACUUCACCACUGGACUGACCUGUGAGCACUGCCUGCAAGGUUACUAUGGAAACGCUCUGAUUGGCACGCCUGGUGAUUGUCAGCCCUGCCCUUGCCCGGACCGCAGCAGCUGUGCCCAGAUUGCGGAGACAGGACAGGUGGUCUGCACCAACUGCCCUGCAGGACAGACAGGGAUGCGCUGUCAGAUGUGUGAGGAUGGUUACUAUGGUGAUCCCCUGGGACAGUCCGGGACGGCUCGACCAUGUGUGAGAUGCGACUGCAAUGGCAACGUGGAUUUCAACGCUGUGGGAAUAUGCGACCACAUCACUGGGCGAUGCCUGAAGUGCCUGGGGCAUACAGAGGGUGACCACUGCCAAACCUGCCAGCGGGGUUUCUAUGGCAACGCCCUGAACCGAACACUGAGCCAGAAGUGCAAGCCUUGCAGCUGUAAUCCUGCUGGGACCUCUGGGCACGUAAAUGAAUGCCACCCUCAGACAGGAAAUUGCCGUUGUCUCAGUCAUGUGACCGGCCGGGAUUGCAGUUACUGUGAAGUUGGAUUCUUCAACCUCCAACCAGGCAUUGGAUGUGAGAGGUGCAAAUGUAAUCCAAUUGGUUCAUCUUCAUUGGCGUGCCAUCCAGUCACAGGGGAGUGUGUGUGUCGUGCAGGAGUGGAGGGAGGGCUGUGUGACUCUUGCCGUGCGGGCUUCUAUGGGUUCUCCUCUCGAGGUUGCAGAGCCUGUAACUGUGACCCGAUGGGCUCCGUGUCCAUGCAGUGCCACAGCAACGGUACCUGCCGGUGUCGUCUGGGCUUUGUGGGUUACAAGUGUGACAAAUGUGAGCUGAAUUAUUUCCACAACAGAGCCACUCACCAGUGUGAGGAAUGCCCAGUUUGCUAUGGUCUUGUCAAGAAACAGGCAGAAAAGAUUCAGACUCAUCUACAAGAUUUGGAGAAGCUUCUGUCUCACUUUGAUUGCCGUGGUAGAUUUGGGAAGCAGCAGCACCUGCUAAAGUAUCACAUGGCCAGGCUUCAUGGGCAUGAGCAGCACCAGCGGGAGGAUACUCUUCCUAAUGCUCUGGAGGAUUUUCUAGCCUUCCAAGAGGCACGGGAGGCCUUCGUGAAACAAUUUUCCUUGCUGCAAGCUUCGACAGGAACACUUUUAGCGCAACUGCAUGGCAUUACAUUUACUUUGAACUGCAGCAUCAGCAUGACACGGGAAGAGGGGAAGGACGGGAGGAAAGAUGAAAAAAGAGGAGAUGCCUGUCAAACCUACACAGCCGCUUUUCUCAUGAUCAGAGAAUCUGAGAAAAAGUUGAAACAGGCAACACUGGACCUGGACAACAUGAUCAUUCCUUUUGAAGCAACGUCAGCACCAAACAAAUGGAACAUUAUGGUCAAUGACUCACAGGUGCUACUGAAAAGUCACAGUGAAAUGGCGGACCUCAUUGAGGCCGUGGCCAGCAGGGCGGCACGGGCCUCAAACCAGACUUACAGCCUCCUGAUGGAUCUACUGCAAGACAACUCCACAGAGGAGUACAUCAGGAACCUAACAGAGCAAAUAACACACAUGCAGCAGCAGAAGAAGAACCUGACAGCACAGCUUAAUCAUACUGCAUCUGAACAGCUGGCCCUGGAGGAAGAAGACGUUGGUUUCAAAAUUUCCCUGGGUAACAUCACAUCAUCCUUACAUCAGCUGGCUCUGACGGAUGCCGGAACACCAUCAGAUGCCGACCGAACGCAGUUCAACCAAACACAUCCAACCAACUACACAACAGAGUGGGGUGGAAACCUGCUAAAACGCGCGGACGAGAUCAACCAGCAAAUUGAGACCAAAGACAACGUCAUCGGUGAGGUCAGAGAGGAGAUGGAGCAUGUAAUACACAUGGUCAGUAAGAACUUGGAGAAAGUGGAUGACGUCAGAAAGCUGCAAGCUCAACCUCACGAGGCAAAGGUUGUGGCUUUGUCAUCCGUGGUGAUGGGGAAAGGGGUGGAAUCAGAAGCCAUCGCCCUGCACAGACAACUGGAAAGAAUGGUGGACGAGUGGCCCCGCCAGCAGGCCCAGACCAAGGGUGCGAUCAAGAAAGUGAGACCCCUGGAGGAAAAGGUCCUAGCUGACGUCAGGAAGAGAGUUUCGCAGAUUAAGACGAUGCUACAACCAGCUGUUGAAAACUCCAGCCUCUCCACCAACACCACAAAAGAGGCAGCGCAAAAGGCGCAUGAUGUAGCAAAGGAAUCAAAAGGCAUUCUUGUCCAGGCCAAACAUGCCAGGACUGCAUCUGCUCACCUCAGCAGACACAUCGACACUGCGUUACAGAAGCUGUCUGAUCAAGAGACGUUAAUAGAGGAUGCUAAGUCCCGGAUCAACUCAGAGCCCGGGGUGUCCCUGACAAGCAUAAAGACGGACGUGGAGGCAGCCAAGCUCCAGCUGGAGGCCUACUCUGAAGCACUAACUGAACUAAUGAACAAGAUUGAUGGGAGCGUGCCACUGCACCGAUUUGAUCAGAUCUUAAACGAGACAGCACGCCGUCUGAGCAUGCUGCGCGGGAGUGUGGAGAGCCCAACGCUGCGCUCAAAGAUCCAGAAGCUGCAUUCGGCUGCUAAAGAGCAGCAAAGCCAUCUGUCGCUGAUGGACCAGGAUAUACAGGAGAUCAGAGAGGAGAAAGAUAGUCUUCAGGACAUUGCCUUGAACCUGCCUCAGUCCUGCCCCAAGGCCACAGGAGCAGGUAAAGCCUAAAAACUGGAGAUCAUCAGGAUUACAACGUUGAUGAAACAGCGGCACAUCAGAAAAGGCCUGGGAGGAUUUUUUUUUUUUUAAAUAAACGCAGCAACAGUCUGGUUUGUUUUUCCAGCUUUAGAAAGCAGUGAUAUCUUUUUAUACAAUUCCUCUGUAUAACUUUCGCCUCGAGCUACGUUUCCGUUUACCACCACUGUAAAAUAACACAUACAUUUUGGCCAAAAGCCUCGGAGCUCUCUUCUGACUCCCAUGGUUUACAGCCGCUCUUCCUCCUCUGACUCACGCCUUUUCCGUACUCUGUGUUUUUUUGUUUUCACACCAAUUUUACCAACAGCAUUCGAAGUUCAAUUUAACCGCGUGUAAUAACCAGCCGCUCUGAACUGCUGGAGGUUUAGAAUAAUGCUGAUUUUCCUUUGUGCACUCCCUCUGACUGACACAUUCAUUUACUAUUCAGCUCUUUUUCAUCAAGUAGCUUAAUUAACAAUUAGUCCUCUUGGCCUCAGUGGGUUUCAAGUCAGGCUUUAACAGCAAGCGACCUGCUUUUUUUUAUGAUUCUUACAGAACCUGCCUCUCAGUUUUUGUGGUUUCUUAAUUUUUCACUCUUGAGACACUAACAAAAUAAUAAACAUACAUUGUCAUGUCAUAUUUUGCCACACUUUAGGACCCAAACAUGAAAAGAAAUUCAGUCCAAAUAUUUGAUACUCCACAAGUCUCUGUAAAUAUUUUACCAAUAAGACUGAUGAAGGUGAUGGUCACCAGAAGAGUCACAUUGGUACUGUAUUUAUUGAUCUGAUCUGAAUCAUAUCAAUCAAGAAUCAUACAAAAGUCCCUGGCAAACACCUGGAGCUGUACUUUAAACAAAUCUAAAUAUGUUAUGAGUAUGUUACGUCUUCAUUUAUUAAACAUUACACCAUGAACUAUACCUGAAAUCAUUACCUAGCUCAACAUUUAAAGCCGGCAGUGAACACUAAGUACACAGCAGGAAAGUGUAAAACUGUAAAUGGUGGUGCAACGUGUCAAGGAAUGAAAUAAACUCUGUCUCUGGAA